ACAAAUACCAAGUCGAUAGUUCAUCGGUGUUGAAUAGAUCAUAAGCAGGACGUAGGAGUGAAUUAUUUCAUACGAGUUUUCAACACGACUACGCCAACUUGUGUUAAGCAACUACUUCAGUUAAAUCGUGCUAUUUCACAAGUACUCUGCAACAUGCUCGUACGACAAAGUGUUAGAAAGGCCAGCUGUCGCAUAUUCAGUGUGACAAGAGGAAAACUGUUAGAAAUGCCGUGUCCAUUCUUGACUCGCCUCUCGGCAAAUUAUGUCCGCAACUAUGGAGCAUCUCUCCUAAUGAAUUACCGUCAGCACUGUCCAGUGAUGUCACGAGCAUCCGGCAGCCUAUCUGAGACAGCUGAACCUAUCACUCAAACCGCAGCUCCAGCCACAGUCCCAGUUAAACAAUGCCCCUUUCUCUCAAAGGAAAAGGAUGCAAUAAAGGAAGCGAGUUUAGCAAUUGAAGAAGACGUUAUUACCCUGUGUGCUCAUCCAAAACAAGCGGUCUUCCCCUAUGAGGAAUUCUUCAGUGAGCAAAUAAAGAAAAAGAAAGCAGAUCAUUCCUAUCGCGUCUUCAAGAAGGUCAAUCGUUUGGCCCAUCAAUUUCCAUCAGCUAUGGAGUAUUCCUGCGGAGAAAAACCAAUAACUGUUUGGUGUUCUAAUGAUUAUUUAGGUAUGUCACGUCAUCCAGCGGUGACCACCGCUGCCCACGAGGCGCUUGACAAAUUUGGAGCGGGUGCUGGUGGUACACGAAACAUCUCUGGCAAUUCAAUGGGUCAUGAGAUGCUGGAGAAACGUUUAGCUGCAUUACAUCAGAAGGAAGCAGGCCUUGUAUUCACUUCCUGCUUUGUUGCUAACGAUUCCACAUUGUUUACCCUUGCUAAGAGAUUACCUGGAUGUCAUAUAUUCUCAGACGCUGGUAAUCAUGCAUCCAUGAUCCAGGGGAUACGCAACAGUCGAGUUGCCAAACAUAUAUUUCGCCACAACGACGCGAGACAUCUUGAGGAAUUGUUGGCGAGCGUUGAUCGUUCAUUGCCGAAAAUAGUUGCAUUUGAAACAGUACAUUCUAUGAAUGGUAGUAUUUGCCCAUUGGAAGAGAUGUGUGACAUAGCGCGAAAAUAUGGGGCACUCACUUUUGUUGAUGAGGUUCAUGCUGUUGGGCUUUAUGGAUACUCUGGCGCUGGAAUUGGAGAACGAGAUUGGGUACUAGAUAAGAUGGACAUGGUAUCUGGUACUCUUGGCAAAGCCUUCGGCAAUGUCGGGGGGUAUAUUGUUGGAUCGAAACAAUUGAUUGAUGUUGUCAGGAGUUAUGCCGCUGGAUUUAUUUUCACAACAUCCUUGCCGCCGGCAACCCUCUAUGGUGCACUCACAGCUGUGGAGAUUCUGGCCUCUGACGAGGGCCGUCAGCUUAGGGCUAAACACCAGGAAAAUGUUGAUUAUAUGAAAUCUAUACUCACUGCCGCUAGUCUUCCACUUGAACAUUCCCCGUCGCAUAUUAUUCCUAUUAAGAUUGGUGAUCCACUUUUAUGUACCCAAAUAGCAGAUGCUUUGAUACGUGACAAAGGGCAUUACGUCCAAGCAAUUAAUUAUCCAACAGUGCCUAAAGGCGACGAGAAAUUGCGUUUAGCACCAACACCACAUCAUACACCAGACAUGAUGAAUAAAUUCGUCCAAGACACCUUGGACGUUUUUGACGAUCUCAAUAUACCAAAAAUCAAACCGGACGAUAUACCACAAGCCAUACUCGUUCAUUAACUUCAAAUCAAAUAGUAUAAACGAUUAAAUGAAAUUCCGUUUAAUGUACAGACAGAUCUCUAUCCUCUAUUGAAAGAAAAAAUACUUGUUGGGAAUCGUUAUUGUAUGCUGAGUGAGAGCAUUAUACUUUUGAAAAGUAUGAAAAAUAUAAUUGCUGUAUGUGCAAAAAAAAAAAUCUGAAAAAUAAAAUGGAAUUAUACAUGGCUGUAAGUGCUGUAAGUUCUCUUUAGUAAAGUACGAACUCGAUAGUUUCAUGUCGGAGAGCAUGUGAAAAGUGUGAUGGGCAGUGAGCCGAGGGAUCUCAUAAAACAUUGGCAAAUGCACUUGAAAACGGGAAUUUCACGAACAUUCCGGCCCACUGAUCUCUAUAUAACUGGAUAGACUAUCCCUAUGCCCCCACUACGCCGACACUGCGGCAGUACUGUAGGACAAGCAGAGCCUCAGAAUAGUAGCUCGAGUACUACAGUGCCCUGGACUGCGCAUCCGCAUCACCCAACGAAGGAUGAUGCAGACGGUAAAUGACGCUGGAAAAAUGACGCCAUAACGUUCACGUGACGACUCGGUAAUUUUUGAAAAGUAAUCGGUUGACAAAAGUAUAUUUUCUUCCUUGAGAAAAAUGCGGUGUGUUUACUGCGGUAAAACAAACAAGACGCAUGAGAUGAUAUUUUUUCAUCGUACAUUGGACGCCAAUACAUGUGAAUAGCUUGCAUUUGCUGGUGGUUGCCUGUGUUGUGCUUGUUCUCAUUCGUGCAGUCUUAUCUGUGGUCUGUAUUCUCUGAUGACCAACUUGAACCAACCAAAAAGCAUAUUAACACG